AUGAACACGCUCCUCCGAUCCACGCUCAGGACUAAGGCACUGAAUGUUGCAUCUCUAGCAUAUGCUGCGGUUUCCAGAAGUGUUCAGGAAAAUCUCCUUCAUGUUCCCUUGCGGUCUAGAUCAAAUAGCACGGAGUCUUCCUUGGCAGAGGAUAAUUCAACUAAUGAAGUCAAAAGUGGUUCAGGGUUCAAAGGCCACGCUAUGCUUGCCCCUUUCACGGCUGGGUGGCAGACUACUGAUCUGAAUCCUCUCGUUAUAGAAAAGUCAGAGGGAAGCUAUGUAUAUGACACUAAUGGGAAGAAAUAUCUUGAUGCACUUGCUGGUCUAUGGGCCACUGCUUUAGGGGGAAAUGAGCCACGCCUUGUUGAGGCUGCCAUCACACAAUUAAAGAAGUUGCCAUUUUACCAUUCCUUUUGGAAUCGGACCACCAUACCUUCUCUGGAACUAGCCAAGGAACUCCAAGAAAUGUUCACAGCCAGAAAAAUGGCAAAAGCUUUUUUUGUUAAUAGUGGAUCAGAAGCCAAUGACACUCAGGUGAAACUUGUAUGGUAUUAUAACAAUGCGCUUGGAAGACCAGAUAAGAAGAAAUUCAUAGCUCGUGCAAAAUCGUAUCACGGUUCCACGUUGAUAGCAGCCAGUCUUUCCGGCCUUCCGGCUCUGCAUCAGAAAUUUGAUUUGCCAGCACCUUUCGUAUUGCAUACUGACUGUCCCCAUUACUGGCGGUAUCAUCUUCCAGGUGAGACAGAGGAAGAAUUUUCAACCAGAUUGGCCAACAAUUUAGAGCAGCUGAUUCUGAAAGAGGGACCAGAGACAAUUGCUGCAUUUAUUGCCGAACCUGUAAUGGGGGCAGGAGGUGUAAUACCUCCACCAUCUGGUUAUUUUGAAAAGAUCCAAGCUGUUGUCAAGAAGUAUGACAUUCUUUUUAUUGCCGAUGAGGUAAUAUGUGCCUUUGGAAGGCUUGGGACAAUGUUUGGAUGUGACAAGUACAAUAUUAAGCCGGACCUUGUAUCCCUGGCCAAGGCAUUGUCUUCUGCAUAUUUGCCCAUUGGAGCUGUCCUUGUAUGCCCAGAAGUUUCAGAAGUUAUACACUCACAAAGUAACAAACUUGGUUCAUUUUCUCAUGGGUUUACUUAUUCUGGACACCCCGUAGCCUGUGCUGUUGCAAUUGAAACACUCAAGAUUUAUAAGGAAAGAAAUAUUGUUGACGAGGUGAACAAGAUCGCCCCCAGGUUCCAAGAUGGCAUAAAAGCUUUUUCUGAUAGUCCCAUCAUUGGAGAGAUACGGGGAACUGGCUUGAUUCUGGGCACUGAGUUCGUAGACAACAAGUCACCUAAUGAUCCGUUUCCUCCUGAAUGGGGAGUGGGUGCCUAUUUUGGAGCACAAUGUGAGAAACAUGGAAUGUUAGUUCGUAUAGCGGGGGAUAACAUCAUGAUGUCUCCACCAUUUAUUAUAUCUCCAGGAGAAGUUGACGAGUUAAUCAAUAUUUAUGGGAAAGCUUUGAAAGAAACGGAAAAGAAGGUACAGGAGCUCAAGUCUCAGCGCAAGUAG